GCAGAGGCAGGUGAUGCAUACAAAAAGCGUGGAGUUCAUGCCUUUCACGCUCUCUUUUUUCCUCUUCCUCAGUGCCACACUCUGGCUAGCUUAUGGGCUCUUGCUGCAUGAUUACUAUAUCAUGAUUCCGAAUGGAGUGGGAGUUGUGUUGGGGAUGGCUCAAAUGAUUCUGUACGGAUGCUACUGCAAGGAGAGGAAGAAGGGUAGUGUUGAAAACCAAAAUGGGAAUGCUGCUGCAAGUGGUGGGCUCAGUAGCUUAGAGGUGGAAAGCGGCUGCUAGUUAGUUUCGGCCCAUUCGAGUGGGUUGUUGUAUGCUUGCGCCCAUUGGGCUCUUAGUAUGACAUAGUAUGGAUAGCAAAGCAAAAGCCCCUUUGAUUCUUCAGUAUGGGCCCAAAGUAGUUGGUUUCUUUGGGUCUU